AUGCAGGAUCUGGGAGAGCCUCCUCUACAACUGCCGGCCAUCCCCACGUUUGAAACCCUCGACCGAGAGGGGCUGAUGCUGCACGACGAUGCGACCGCCAUCAACAGUGUGGUCGGCCUGGGGAGUAGAGACGGCUCAUGCACCUCGUCAACGUCAACGUCAACGUCCGCGUCAACGUCGUCGUCGAAGUCGUCGUGGGACGGCAAGCCGGACACGGCCCACGCCGUCGAUGGAACCCUCGUGGCGUCCUUCUUAGGCGUCGAUCCUCGACAGGGACUCUCUUCCUCAGAGGCGACGGCCCGCCUCGAACGGGGGGACGCCAACAAGAUCGAUGGGUCGGGCAAGGUCUCCAUCGUGGAAGUCUUGCUCCGACAGGUUUCCAACAGCCUGACGAUCGUCUUGCUCGUUGCCAUGGCGCUCUCGUACGGCACGCUCGAUUUCAUCGAAGGCGGCGUCAUCACGGCCGUCAUCCUGAUGAAUGUGAUCCUGGGCUUCGUCCAGGACCUCCGUGCGGAACAGACGAUGCAAUCACUCCUCAGUCUCGCCGCGCCGUCUUCCCAGGUCGUCCGCAACGGCAAGAUCGAAAUCGUCAAGGCCGAGACCCUGGUCGUGGGCGACGUGGUGAAGCUCGCCACCGGCGUCACCGUCCCGGCCGACCUCCGCCUCCUCGAGAGCGCGAACCUGGAGGUCGAUGAGGCCUUACUGACCGGGGAGUCACUGCCGGCCUCCAAGCGUGCCGACGGCAUCCUCGACGGGAAUGGAGGCACGUCGAUUGGGGACCGGGUCAACAUGGUCUACUCCGCGACCACCGUGACGCGCGGCCGGGGCUCUGGCAUCGUGGUCGCGACCGGGAUGAAGACCCAGGUCGGAAGUGUGGCGUACCUCCUUCGCGGCGACGAUAUCAAGCCAACCAGUGCCAGUCCCCGCGUGCGAUUCUUCCAGAAGCUCGGCCGUACACUCAAGCGUAUCUUGGGCUUGACCGGGACCCCGUUGCAAGUCAAGCUUUCCAAGUUCGCCAUCCUGCUCUUCUGCCUGGCCGUCACGCUGGCCAUCAUCGUCUUCUCGGCAAACAAGUGGCAGGUCAACAACGAGGUCCUUCUCUACGGCAUCGUGGUGGCGGUUGCCGUCAUCCCCGAGUCGCUGAUCGCAGUCAUGACCAUCACGAUUGCUGUCGGCAUCAAAGCCAUGGCCCGGGGCAAUGUUGUCAUCCGACGGAUGGCCGCCCUCGAGGCCAUCGGAGGUGUCACCAACAUCUGUUCCGACAAGACAGGUACCCUCACCCAGGGCAAGAUGGUCGCCCACAAAGUCUAUGUUCCCGGCGUGGGCAUGCUCAGCGUCAAGGAUACCACCAACAUCCUCGAUCCAGCCGAUGGACAACUGGAACUGGACGGGGAGCCACUCGACAGGCUGGACUUCACCUCCCAGGCCAGAUUUACAAGCCUGAUCCCUGUCCUCGACGCAGUCGCUCUCUGUAACUUCGCCACGGUCUUCCAAACCAGCGCCGUGGAUGCCAGCAACGCCCCGGUCCAGGAGAAGCCUCUCGACCCGGCGCCGGGGGGAUGGACUGCCGUAGGCGACCCAACGGAGAUCGCCCUGCAGGUCCUCGCGAUGAGGUUUGGUCGUGGGAAGGAGAUGCAUGCGCGGAAUGGCCCCCACCGCAUGCCAGCAGCGAUCGAGCACCAGUUCGACUCGAGCCUCAAAAGGAUGUCCGUCGCCUUCAAGAACGAAAGCACGGGAAACCUCGAAGUCUUCGCCAAGGGGGCUUCGGAAUCCAUCCUGCCAAUCAUAGAUAUCACGCCGGACGAGGAGAAUGCCAUCGUCCCGGUGAUGGAGCAGCUCGCCAGCGAGGGUCUCCGUGUCCUCCUGAUCGCCAGCAAGACGGUUCCGGAGGAACACGAGGCCGCGCUGAGCGACCGAACUCUGAUGGAGUCGCAUCUCACCCUGCAAGGUCUCGUCGGCCUCUACGACCCUCCCCGGGUCGAGACGCUCGGCGCCGUGCAGAAGUGCCACGGCGCGGGCAUCGUCGUCCACAUGCUCACGGGAGACCACCUGAGCACCGCGACCGCCAUUGCCCAGAAGGUGGGCAUCCUCGACCCGUCCUCCCAGACGAGCCAGGCCGUGAUGGGCGCGCAGGACUUCGACAAGCUGUCCGAUGCCGAGAUCGAUGCGCUGCCAUCUCUCCCGCUGGUCCUCGCCCGGUGCAGCCCCGCGACCAAGGUCCGGAUGGUCGACGCACUGAGUCGCCGCCAGGCUUUCUGCGUCAUGACGGGAGACGGGGUGAACGACGCGCCGGCGCUGAAACGUGCCCACGUCGGCAUCGCCAUGGGCAUCAACGGGACGGACGUCGCCAAGGACGCUGCCGACAUGGUGUUGACCGACGACAACUUCGCCUCGAUCGUGAAGGCCGUGGAGGAAGGGCGGCGCCUCUUCGACAACAUACAGAAGUUCCUCAUGCACCUCCUCAUCUCCAACAUCUCGCAGGUCAUCCUGCUGCUCAUCGCCCUCGCCUUCCAAGACGCCGACGGGCACUCCGUCUUCCCCCUGUCGCCGCUCGCGAUCCUCUGGGUCAACAUGGUCACGUCCUCCUUCCUCGCGCUCGGUCUCGGGCUAGAAGAAGCGCAAGCCGACAUCAUGACCCGGCCGCCGCGCACGACCGGCGUCUUCAGCCGCGAGCUCAUCACGGACAAGAUGCUCUACGGCAGCUGGGCGGGGAUCCUCUGCCUCGGCUCCUUCGCGGCGGUGGUCUUCGGGCCCGACUCCUCCGGGUCCGGCGCCCGCGCCCUCGGCCUCGACUGCAACGCGGGCUGGAACGGCAGCUGCUCGGGCGUGUUCCGGGGGCGGGCCACGGUCUUCGCCCUCCUGAGCUGCAUCCUGCUCGUCACGGCCUGGGAGGUCAAGCACUUCGGGCGCAGCCUCUUCGCGCUCGACCCGCACCGCUUCGGCUGGGGCCCGGGCGCCCUCGGCCCGGCCCUCCGCGCCAACCGCUUCCUGCUCUGGGCCGUCGUCGGCGGCUUCGCCGUCACCUUCCCCGCCAUCUACAUCCCGCGCGUCAACGCGACCGUCUUCAAGCACGCCGCCAUCGGCUGGGAGUGGGGCGUCGUGCUCGCCGCCCUGCUGCUCUACCUGGCCGCCGUCGAGGGCUGGAAGGCCGUCAAGCGCCGCUGCGGCAUCUGGUCUGGCAAGGGCCAGUCCCUGAAGGAGCUGAUGGCCGUCUAG